AUGUCUUCACAGAGCAGAUCCAAUGAGCAAGAUGAAGCAAGUGAUUCUUGUGAACUUAAGCAAAAAAUAUCCAAGAAAAGAGACCUUGGCAAGAAGCGAGCCCAAAGUCCCAGGGUCAGUCGAAGCCUACGCAAGAAGAUUCAAAGGUUCCUCCAAGGCUCAGGGGAGUGCACUACCUUUGACUCUGAGCAAUCUCCUGUGGAGAUAGAUGAUGACAUGUUUAUAUGUGGCAUAAAAAGAAAUCCCUCUGGUCAAGAGUGUAGUGUCUCAACUCAACGCGGUUUUGAAAGUCAUGCUACGACCCACAAAAGUACCGUAGUUGGACAGGUGGAGCUUAACAGUGAGGGUAAUGUCACAAUCCCAUGCAUCAUGGGAAAGAAAGGACCUGCAGAUCAAGCAGAGGACAGUGGUUCUGACUGUGCUGAUGGAAGUCGUGCCAUGGAUAUUAAACAAUGCAGUAAAAACAAAGAAAAAGAUGCAAAAGGAGGAGGCACAAGCACCAUAGUGGAGCACAUCUUGAAGGAACUGCAGGGGAUAAAUAAAAUCCAAGAGGAAAUUUCAGACUUGAGACAAUACCUGACAUCUGUAAGUGGAUCAGUGGAUGAGGUAUCCUGUUGUGUAGAUGCUGUGUUGAUGGAAAUUGAGGAGCUGUACUCAGUUGGUGCUGCCGUGAACCCAUCACCUCAAAGACUUGUGGCUCAUCAAAGGAGCCCUGGGAGGCAAACUGCCAUUGCUGUGUCUAAGAGUAGAAAUAACAGUCCGAUAGCAAAGCAAAGAGAAUUGGAUAAGAAUAAAAGUAGAUCUCCAGUGGCCAGGACUAAUAUAUCAGGGUGGGAUGCACCAACUAACUAUCAGAAUUCACCUCCAAGAGCCAAAUUACAUCCUGACAUGUCCGAAAGAACUUCCAGAGUUAAGAAGUCUCGCUACGGUUACCAAGAGCGAGUUUAUAAGCAGGAGUUUAUGAGCACUAGCUCCAUGUCCUCUGGUCAUAGUUCAAACAGUCGAGAUCAAGAAGGUAGUUAUAAUUCUAGAGAUGUUGACCAGCAAAGUGUUGAGUGGAGAAGUUCAGAAAUGCAGCUAAGCAUAAGUGGAGAGGGAGGAUGGAGUGGGGACACUGGAUGGUGUGAGGAAGAUUACUGCUCCUGUCAAAACAGUGCAGACGAACUGGAAAAUGACACGCAUCAUGAGAUGUGGUAUAGGUACAAUGGUGGCGAGACCAGCAGCACUCCGGGUCAUUCAUCACGUAGCAGCUCUGAACACCUCUCCCUGCUUUUUGGAAACAUUAAUGACUCACCAUCCAGUUCAUCUAGUGUUGCUGAUUGGAGGCAUCCCAAAAAACCCACUCUGAGUGAUGUUGGAUGUGACUGCACAUCAAAUUACAUGUAUUCACGAAGUUCAGGGUACCACACCAUGGAUGCGUAUGCUGAUGAAUCAUGCAGUGGACCGUCCCGUAGCCUUAGUUGUUCAACGAUUGGAAUGGCAGACUACAGUGAUGCUUGUCAAAAUGUAGACUCUUCUUAUGACCAUUGCAGUUCUGAAGACCGUUUAGAUAUGGAGUGGCCAGAGGGUGUGUGCCCAAGUGCUUCUGAAGAUCACCUUAAUACAGAUUACUCUGAGAAUACUGACUCUGAAGAAUCCCAACCAUCUAAUAGACAGUAUGAUAUUGUAAAGGUCAAUAAAGCUGUGUUAUCUUUCCAUUCGGCUCUAAGGGGAGCCCUGAUAAGGCUUGACAACUCUGAAUCCCAGAGACCAAAUGAAGACACCAAGUCUGCAGUUUUCAAAUCAAGUGAACUUCAAAGCUCCACUUUUGAUGAAUCACAUUUAAGCAAUAUUGUUCCCCCUGAUCUCAGUGGGUCACCCCAAAAGAGCAGUGAAGUAUCUUUCCAUGGGACAGAUGAGCUGGAAUUACACAACCAACCACAUAGUUUUCAAUCUUUUGAUCCUCUAGUAUCUACUCCAAGCACUGUCUCCCCUUCACAAACGCCAACUGAAUACUGCCUAGUGGACCAUUCGGACAAGGUAGAUGAACCUCUGACAGACCUGCGGUGUAUUCUAGAGGUCAGUCCAAAGCAUGUGCACCUGAAUUCAGAUAAUGAAGAUCACGUGGCAUUCGUCCCAUGCAACACUGAAACAAACCUUGAGGGCACGAAUUCAGAAUUAUUAGAGACAGAUGUUAAUACAAAACAGGCGGAGCACAGCUUUGACAAUGACACCGCCCUUAUAGAUCCUCACCACCAGAAGUGCCUUGCCAAUAUUCAACGUGUUCUCAAAGAGAAAAGACAUCAAGACAGACAAACCAGGAUUGCAAAUGCCUCAAAGAGCACAUUCUCUGAAGAGGAUUUUAAACAAGAGGGAAGCAGGGAAGAUGAUCAGGUCCUGAUUUUGUUUUGA